GUUCCACAGAGGAGUUCCAUUUUCUCUCCGUCCUGCCGGGCAAUGGCGAGGACGAAGCACAUCUCCAGCCACCCAAGCCGUCGAUCAAAGAAAAAGCUCAACUGGGGGCAAUCUCCGCUUCAACAAGGUCAAGCGGAUGUAUCCACGCCGCCUUCUCGAUCUACUCGCCAGAGAGCCAAGGAGAAUGAUCCUCAAGUGGGAGGGAGUGCUGCUCAGGCAAGCGGUAAGAAGCGGAGGUUCAGGCCGGGAACAGUAGCUUUGCGCGAGAUUAGGAAGCUGCAGAAAUCCUGGAAUCUCCUUAUCCCUCAUGCACCAUUCUUCCGAGUUGUGAGGGAGAUUACAAGUACCUAUUCCAGAGAAGUUAGUAGAUGGACACCGGAAGCUUUGAUGGCCAUCCAGGAGGCAGCUGAAUAUUACCUGGAGGAGUUGUUUGCAGAUGCAUAUCUAUGCUCGAUUCAUGCAAAACGUGUUACACUAAUGCAGAAGGAUAUACAGCUAGCCCGGCGUAUUGGUGGGAGAAGGGCAUGGUGACAUAUGUUGAAAAAAAUUGAUAAAUACCUUUGUGCUUAUGAAUGCUCUUUGGCAUAGUAACAGGAACCUGAUUUUUAGCUUAUAAGAUGCAUUAUUCACUGUAACCAUUUGAAGAUCAUGGGCUGCAAUGGAAAGAACUUUUGGGUUGCAGAGUAAUGGAUUAAGAUGGUUUACCAGGACUUAUCACUUGAUGGUAUUUAGAAUUCUUUACACCAUACACUUGACCCUGCUGAGAAUGGAUCAUGGUGUAAUCUAUGUGAGUAGCCAACCUUGAUGUAUGUGGGAUAGAGAAUGGCCUCACCUUUUUCUUGUUACCAACCCCGAUUAUAAAGUUGUCUUGGUUACUUAGUUAUUUUGAAAGACUUUGGGUAGCAGGAUUAUUUUUUCAUUUGGAUUAAUAUUUUCUUUUUCAA